AUGCCGUAUUGCUUGAUCGACUUGGAGGGGGGCGAAUCCGGAGCUUCAAUUAUUCCUCCAGAAGAUUGGAGACGGCUUGAGAAGCUUGUUAAAACUGUUGUUAACAAUAUUUAUGAUGAAAAGGCUGUACAGCUUCGAGAAACGGUGUCACAUCUUUCUACUCAGCUUAUCUUGCUUCAAAAUGAGAAUCAAGGCCUGAAAAGAGCUCUCAUAAAUGCAAAGAAGCCUAAAAACAAGAAACAGCCUUUAUUACUAGGUUUACCAUCAGAACAAGAUGGUGGAGCGCUUUUUAUGAGCCCUACUAAGGUUCAGCAAGCUCGUGAUAUUAUUUCUCAAAAAAAUGACGAAGCCGCGCAGAAGCAGGCUCAUAAAGAUGAUAAAAAGCUUCAACAACAGCUUAAAAAGCAAGCUAGAGAGGCUGAAAAGGUUAAAAGAGCUCAAAUCCGACAAGAAAAACGCGAGCAGCGUGAGCAAGAGGCUGCGGAAAAGCAACGGCUUAAGGACGAGCAAGAAUUGGCUAAGCUAGCUGAUUUACAGCUUCAAAAUGAUGUUAUAUCAACUCCAAAGGCUUCAAAAAGGCCUACAAAGCAAAUUUCUAGGCAAGCAAAGCCAAGAGUGCAACCUGAGGCUCAUGUGGAGGAUAAUGAGGUGGUUGUUACUACAAACCGUAGGGGCCGCGCGAUACGGCCCCCUGCACGUUUUCGCGAUUAA